AUGUCAAAAGAAUUGUCAGAACGACGAGGGAACUCUGAAUCUGGUACAUUCUUGUAUAUGUUGGGAAGCACUUGUCGAAUGAGCAUAGAGCGCAUGAAUGGAGACGUUAUCUCAAAUUCUCCAGCAUCCUUGCCCAAAAUGGCUGAGAAUACCUUCUGCUGCCAGAAAACUGUAGAAGUUCUUAUCAACAAGUUGUUCAUGUGCG